AUGGCUCCACCAACAUUGGUUUUCGGCAAGGAAGAAUUGGACCAUAUUUUGGCCAAAGUGAGAGGGCCUUGUAAGCUGAAAUCACUGACACAGAACCAGUGUGAUUUCAACGGACACGAAUACGUGUGUAUUCCCUUCAAGAGAGUGUUUAAGGAGUGCCUGGUGGGGAAAAGCGGCCAGACAAUCCGUAUUGAACUAACUAGUGAAGCAACAAAUAUGGACCUCACGGUGCAAGACUUUUGGUCGAGCAUGGAGAGGAUAGAAAAGAAGUGA